AUGACAUUGGUUCUUCAUCUCAACCCAUCGAUCGCUAGGGAUUUCGCAUUGAUGACCCAAUCGAUAGGAAUGAUGUCAGCGUUGGUGUGCGUCGUGUUCAUGAAAAUCAAAUUCGAGCCGAUGGCGGUGCUCUUUGGAAUCAUCGGCGCAUUCCCAGGAUUCGUUUUCGGUGUUCAUUGUAUUGAUCCAUUCUUAAGUGGUCCGCAAAAAAAGAUGCUGUUCGUCUCGAUAUGGACAGCCUUCGCGUUUGCGCUCGCCAUUCUAAACGCACAGAAGAAGCGUCCGACAUACAUCAGAAUUCCAGACUUCAAAGAAUGGAAGGCGCUCGUCUUGCUAGUCACCGGCUUCAUUGGAGGCAUUUUCGACGCAUUCGCCGGUAGCGGAAUCGACAUCGCCAUGUUUUCCAUUGUCACAUUGCUGUUUCGUGUUAGCGAGAAGACGGCAACACCAACUACUAUGAUAUUAAAAGGUGUCGUCUCGGUGUUCGGAUUUUAUUAUCGCGCCGCUAUGAUGGGUGACGUGGAUGUCGUCGCUUGGCGAUAUUUCACAUGCUCGGUACCAGUCGUCGCCACUUUCGCGCCGAUCGGCUCGUUCCUCGGAUCGCAUCUUCAUCGGUUGGUCAUCGCGAGUCUCAUCUAUAUUCUCGAAAUCGCCUCGCUCAUCGGAUUCUUGCUAACAAAACCCUCAUGGCUGCUGAUCGCCUGUGGUGUUUCGAUUAUAAUCGGCGGUUACGCGCUGUUCGCGACGCUGACAAGAGCCGGCGCUGUUAUCAUGGCUUGA